AUGUCUUUUCUACUCUUGACCGCUCUAUUGGCAACUUGCGUAUUGUUGGUCUUUAUUUAUUUUAAUCUUCAAAAAUCUACUACAACAACAACAACAGAUCAAAAACAAGCAACAACAAAGGAUCAGCCAUCCACCACUACUACUACAACUGCACCAAGUACAAGUACCGAAACAAAAAAGAAACAAAAAGGCUCUAGUGCAUCUCCUGCAACAGCAUCGGAACUUGAGGUGAUUGAUCAUGAGUUGUUAAUUGUCGAGGCUUCAACCAUCAAGGCACAGAAAAAAACUAAAAUUAUUGAUGACGAUGUCAUUGAUAUGAGUACAUCAAAGAAUUAUACUGCAAUUUUGAAAAAAUCAGUGAAAUCAGUGCGAGUGUUUCGAAAUGAAUUAUUAGUCAAGGACAAUAAGAAGUUUUAUGACAUUGAAAUUGGUAACAUCAAUGAUUAUGGUACUGCAAUAGCAUUAAAUCAGGAGGGAGAUAUGCUAGCUGUAGCAAUUGAUUAUGACAAUUAUGUAAAGAUUUUCAAACUCAACACCUCACUCACUACGUCGCACCAAAUUCAUGAAAAGCCUUAUUCUCUUCCUCCUGAAAAGAAGAUGAUCAAGUCAUUAAGGUUCUCUCCAAACGGAAAAUAUUUGGUUGCUCAAUUAUAUGGUUGUGAUGAUAUCUCAAUUUAUAAUGUGAAAAAUCAAAAUGCAGAGCGUGAAACUAUUAAGAGUGGCCAACUUCAAAAUUAUAUGUUUUGUUUGACGGACUCGUACUUGAGUGUCGCAGGUUUCUCUUCCACUUUGAAAGUUUUUAAAACCUACUUUGAAUCCACAACUGAAGUGGAUAUUGAUGAUUCCAAGAAGAGCAAGAAAAAGAAGGAAAUUGUACACAUAUCGAAGGGAAAUACCUCAACAGUGGUUAAACAUAGAGAGUUGAUGGGUUGUAAGAGCAGUGUUUCGUUUGUUGAUAUUUUCAAUGACAAGGCAAUUGUCACAACGACGAAAGAUGAGAUAGUUCGGCUUUUUGACCUUGAAGAGCCUGAACGUUAUGUCAUUGCUGAAGCAGAUAUUAAGGUAUUGACUAAUGGUGUUGUUUCUAACUUCUCUCAAGUAUUCAUGUGUUCUGAAUCAACAUUUUGUGGCAUUGGCUUGAACAGCGAAAUUGUUUUCUUUGAAAGAGACGGCAAAUCUUUCAAGCUCAAACAAACGAUUGACAAACCUGUGCAAUCUGGAGCUUCCAUUCUUGUUGCUCAACUCAAUCCAAAGAGAAAAGUGUUGAUCACCUCUUCGAGCGACGCAUUUAUUAGGCUUUGGAAGGUACCAUCUCAAUAA